AUGUCUUUCCUCACUUCGCUCCGUAUGAGCUCCGGCCGUCUCGUGCAAUCUAGCUACGCUAUCCCGGCAACCUCGGCAUUCCACACGACGGCAAUGCAGAGAGGCUUGAAAGAAAAUGAUCAUAACCGUGAUGAUGACCUUGCGCAACACUACGAGUCCGAAAAGCAUGCCCAGAUGAAGAAGGCCAAGGACGGCACGGGAAAGUGGACAGAAGGUUUGGCGAGCAACAGUGAAGCUGGUGUCAAGGCGGAUCGAGGUGAUCUCGACACUGAAAGCAAGGAUUUCCAACAGAUGCAGGAACAAAUAAAGAAGGGCAAAGCGGCUGGGAAGUCACAAUGA